AUGUUCUCUCCAUCACAAAUAGAUUCUUAUGGCGUGGAGCUAACGAAGCUGGCCUAUCCUAUUUAUCAUCUGCUCUCUCUCUCUCUCUCUCUCUCUCUCUCUCUCUCUCUUAAACACAUUCUCUCUCUCUGUCUCUCUCUCCUAUUCUCGCUCACUGCCUCUCUCGUUCUUUUGCCCAAUCUAUUUUUCCUUCUCCAUUCUUUCUUUCCAUGCAUUUAUUUAGGCACAGCGUUUUCUGUCCAUUUGUCACAGUUCAGCCUCCUCACCUCUUAUUCUCCGUCUGUCAUCCGACCAUUUUUCAUUUUCGUCGCAAUCACACUCUUAUCUUCGUCCCCUUCCCAGACACUUUCUCUCUCUCGUUCUCUCUCUCUCUCUCUCUCUCUCUCUCUCUGCAUCUCUCUCUGUAUCUAUCUCUGCAUCCCCUCUCUCUCUACAUCCCCCUCCCUCUCUCUGCAUCCCUUCUCUCUGUCUCUCUGUGUGCGUCCCCCUCUCUCUCUCUCUCUCUCUCUCUGCAUCCCCCUCUCUCUUUAUUUCUCUUUCUCUCGCUCUCUCUGA